AUGGAUGGCCAGAGCGUGUACUUGGUGGUUUGGUCUAAGAACUCUGACUUGGUCUUGGAAACUUAUGGUAUGGGGGCUUCUUGUAUUAGGUUUGAACGCAACUUUUUCGUUUUGGGUGGAGGAGUAAUUCUCUUGCAAUUUCGGUUUUCAGGUGCAUUAAAGGGUGCGUUGGACAUGGUGGCAAGUGAAAAUAAAAUCUGUGGGAACCUACUUAGAUAUUUAGUGGUUAAAAAGGUAGAAUUGAGGAAGGAUGAAUAUUUUGGGAUGUUGGUGUAUAAUGACAUUUUGAGAUGUCAACAAACAACGAUAUUUCGGGAUACCAACGCUCCUAGUGUGGAGUGGUAUGGGGUUCCUUUAUGUGCACAAAGGAGAUCAAGUUUGAUCAGAACCAAGUAA